UGCAUACAUUUGGAAGUGGAUACUUCAGUUUUUCUGUUCCAGUCAGGUAAUCAGAUGCCUGUCUUACAGAAAGGUCGGGUUUGUAAAAACUCAAUUUUCAUUGUUUUCUCCUGUAUUGCUUGUAGCAUACCAGGAGGUACUGAAGUGUACUGGUGAUCUUACAGCCUCAGUUACAGCUGCCCUUGUUGCUUGGUAUGUCCCUCUUAGUUUUCUCUUAGCAGUUUUUUUUUUUUUUUUUUUCUCACUGUCAUUUUCAAAUGGUUUUUGGUUAUUGUCUCUGCAGCUUGCCUUAUGGAGUCCUUGCAGAGGAAAAGAAGGAAGCUUGGCUCUUCUUCUCAAGUUUGUGCAGGCUGCUUUGACGCUCCUUUACCGGGGAAGAAGUUUUGUAAAUCAUGCUUUGGCCUUCUACUACAGGAUACGCCUGUUAGUGAAAUCCCUUCAGGCCAAGGGGCUUCAGUGUCCAGGGAGGAGUCCGACUCCUCUGAUUUCUCAGGAGAGGAAAGUCUAGAACCAAUGUCGGAAUUGUUUUCUGAGGAGGAAGAAGAGGAGACAGAAUCUUCAUCCUUUGAUUUGACCUUAAUCCCUCCGUUAAUUAAAGCAAUAAAAUUAAUCUUGGGGGUAGAAGAGGUAGCGGACGCUCAGAAGUCUAAGGUGCUCCCAUCUUAUUCAAAGCCAAAACAAUUUUUUCCUCUUUUUCCGGAAGUGGCAGAAUUAAUCUCGGCAGAAUGGGGUAAAGCAGCUAAAAAGGUUUCUUUUGCUUCUAUGACUACGAGAUUUGCAAAGUUAUAUCCAUUUAAAGAACAGGAUACCAAGAACUGGGAUGCAGCCCCAGCAGUGGAUUCACCUGUGAUUCAUUUGGCAAAGAAGACAAUUUUGCCAAUUGAUGACUCGUCAGUACUAAGAGAUCCCAUGGAUAGAAGAGUGGAGACGGAGCUUCGUAAGGCAUAUCAAGUGGCAGGAGCCUCAUGUAAGCCGGCAGUAGCUCUAGUUUCAGUGGCAAAGGCAGUCUCCUUGUGGAUCGACAGUUUGGAUAAAGCGAUUGCUGAAGGUACGGAUACAUCUGACAUUAGUGCUGGAUUAUCAGAAUUAAAGAUGGCAGUGGCAUUUAUGUCGGAAGCGGCAGUGGAUUUGACGCGGUUGGCUUCCAGGUCAAUGGCAGUAUCAGUGUCGGCAAGAAGAGCAUUAUGGCUCAGAUCUUGGGGUGCAGAUGCGGCUUCUAAACUAAGUCUCUGUAACCUACCUUAUGUUGGGGAAAAUCUUUUUGGUCCUAAAUUACAAGAGGUCAUAGAAAAAGCGACAGGUGGGAAGAGUUCUUUCCUGCCGCAAGAAAGGAAAAAAUCGAAGGCUCAACCCUUUAAAGGUUUUUUUUUUCGAGGCUCAGGAAGAGCUAGAGGUUAUGCCAGUAACUAUAGAUACUUUGGCAGAGGCAGUUCAAGACAGUCAUCUUGGAGAGGGGGUCACUCCGCAGUUAUUAGGGGGAACAAGCUCAAACUGUCCCCAACUUCUAAGAAAUCCUCCUGA